CUUUUUUAGAAUUUUCCGAUGCCGCUUACGUUAGUUAUUUUUGUGAUUUCAUGAAACAAAAGUUUUUAAAAUAUUAUUCACAUGUUCCGCAUAUAUAUGGUAUUGCAUUUGUUCUUGAUCCUCGUUAUAAACUUGUCUCGUUGCCAACUUGUAUAGAUUACUAUUAUAAUUGUUUUUUUCCAACUCAAGAGUUCGAUGAUAACCCCAUCGACCCUAAACAAGAAUACAACGAGGUUAGUAAUUUAUUUCAUCAAUUGUAUAAUGAAUUUUAUGCACAAUAUGGUAAUGCACCCCCUCCCAUGCCGCGAACAUCUUCUUCAUCUAAAGGAAAAUCACUUUUAAAAUCUGCAUUUGGUUCUCUUAUGAAAAAAAGUAGAGCAACUCCCGC